CCCGGCGCCGCCAUGGCCGUCCCGGGGCACAGGCCGCAGCUGUUCCGCUGGCAGCGCCUCGCCGCCGGGGCCAGGCCGGAGCCAAAGUUUGACUCCUGUAGCUUGGGACACUGGAUCAAGAGAAUGGACCGAGCCUCUGACUAUGGUGCCUCUGAAGCUUUUUCCCUUCAACAGUCAAGGUAUCCACAGAGGCCUUGUGGUCCUGUGACAAGUUUGGAAACCGUGCAGCUGCUCCAAGAUCACGAUGAGGCCUGUGAGGAAGCCCAGGAGCUGCUCAGUAACUGGAUGAAGUCCAAACUGCAGCUGGAGCUGAUGACCGAUGGAGAGGAAGAAGCUGACUCUGUCCUCCUGGAAAAGCCUUCUGAAGCCCCUCUGAAGUACGAGCAGUUUGAUGACUUGUGUGGCUAUCUGGAACAUGAAUUGGAAAGUUCUUCUGUCCAAGAAUAUUUACAGCAUCUUUUGCAGAGUGAAGUUGUGAACUGUGCGAUAGUGGAAGGCCUUAGACUUGAAAACAAGGAAAAACAACAACUUGCAGAUCCACGAAUAAUCAUGGAGCUCAGACACAAGCAGGUAAAAGAAAACCGAAUGAGGCAUCAGAAGGCAUUAGCGUUUCACAGACAGGAAGAGUCCCUGAAAAAAUCAGUUCUGUCUGAGGCCAGGCUCCAAGCACAGGAGGAGGACAGGAGGAAGGCUCUGAAGGCCAAGAAGGAGGAGGAGGAGAUCCAGAGGGAAAUGGUGAAGCUGCGAAAGGAAAUGGCUGAGAAGAGGCAUACCAUGGCAGAAGCAUGGAGAAUGGAGCGGAAGAGACAAGAAAAAAGUCAGAAGCUGCUAAUGCAGGAGGUAUCUAGUACUGCUUCACCACUCCUCGUCCUGAAGAGAGAAGAGCAAAGAGAAGAGAAUGAGAGAAGGGCUCAGGAGCUGCUACGCAGGAUUCACACCAAUAAGCAGAGAUGCAUGCAGCGCCAUUUCUCUGCUUGGCUGAAAGUCAUUCUGGAGCACAGAAUUAAAACGGGAAAAGCCAGUGCCUUUGCCGACUGGAAAUGCCAACUGAAGGCCCUGCGAGCAUGGAGAAACUAUACUUGGGCCCAGAAAGUAGAGCAGGAAACACAGCAAUUGGAACUUCAUCUCCAAGAUCAAAACAGGAAAGAACAACUGUCUGCAGAGCACAACCAGCAACGGCUUUUGCGCAGCUGCUUUCUGGCAUGGCAGCACUGGAGCCAAGCAGAGGCAGAAAACCGAAAGCUGCAGAUCAAGAGGGAGGAGACCAAGAGAAAGAUGGCACAGCUGCUGGAGGCAAUUUCACUGGGGAAGGGUGGUCUGGAUAGGCCACUAGAGGUUAAUGAGCCUGGAACGGCAGAAGUAAAGCAUCAUCAACAGUUGCAGCAAGACAAGCUAACUGAAACUUGCCUCAUACAGAAAGAACCUGACCAGACCAGAGACCAGUCUUGUUGGGAUGCUGCUGACACAUCUCAUUCCUACAGAAAACCCAAAUUUGCAUGGGGGAUUACCCUAAACCACACAGCCCCAAGUGCCCAGGACCAGGCUGUGUACAGGAAUCAAAUAGAGACUCUCCCCCAUCAGUUUCAGGCACCUGGUCCAAAGACAGCUCCUGCUUAUGGCAGCCGUUUUGAGCACCGUCAUGCCUUCCAGCAACGUCUGAUUGAGGAGCAGAGGCAGCAGCUUCAGAAACAGCAAGAGCUGAUCUUUGAACUGCAGCAAAAUCAGAGGCUGGGCAGAGCUAAAGAAGAGGCAGUGCAAGCCACAGCUGUAACUCAGCUGCUUAACAACUCUGCUUUGCAAACCAGGGAGGAAGAACAGAAGGGGGAAAAACAAUUCAGAGUCAUGAAUACAACCCAUUUGAGUCCACCUGGUUCUCAUGGGCCAGAAAACACAAGGGCAGUGAUGGAAGGCAGGAGACCCUCCAGCCAGCUGGCUUCAAUUCAUCCCAUAGUGAAAGCUAUGGAGGAGAGAGCAAUUCAGCGGGCAGAACGGAGGAAGAAACUGGAAGAAGCCAAACAACGAAGACAAGAGGAAAAACUGGCCCAGCUGAAGGCUGAAGAGGAAGCACGACAGAGAAAGGAGGCUGAGGAAAAGGAAGCUCAGCAGGAAAGACGACGGGAGGAGAGAAGGCAGCAGAAGCUGAAAGAGCUGGAGAAGCAGAGGAAGCUGCAGAAAGAGCAGCAGCUCCAGAAAAAGGCCAGAGAUCACUAUGAGAACGUCCUGCUGAGAAAGCUGGGAAUGGUGCCAUGGAAAAAGCUGAGGGAGCAAGCCAAGGCAAAUCUGCUACUGGCACAAAAGCACCACUGCUUGGGCUUGCAGAGAAAAUGCCUGAUGGCUUGGCUCCAGCAUACCCAGGAGAGCCUCAUGGAGAAGGUGUCUCAGGCUGAGGAUUUCUACUCCCAUGUGUUGCUGAGACGGGGCUUCAGGAACUGGCUAAAGUAUAUGGAUUUUCUUUCCAAUCUGGAGGAGAGAAUGAGUACCCUCCACGCAGCCUGCCUCAUGAGGAAGUACUUCUGGGCAUGGUUUGAUCUUACCAUGGAGGAAAAAAGUACCUUAUGGGAGAAACUGAAGAUUGCUACUGAACACAGUAACAAGAGACUCAGGCUGAAUGCAUUCCAGGCAUGGAGACAGUACCCAUUACUGGUGAAAAAGGAAAGAGAGAGAGAGGAAAGGAGAAAUCAGCUACGCAGGAGAGUAGCUGAAAUUCUCCCUGACUUCCAAACAUGACAGAAGAAGAGUCAAAGGAGGCUGAGAAAGGGGAUGAAAAGACGGAUUCUGUUCAGUGCUAUGUUCCUACUCACUGAAACAAAUCCAAGGGGAAGUCCUGUCCAGUGCAAAGGGUCGUACAGCCAAAGAAAGCUCCCUGGGACCACUGCUGUUGUAUACCAAGCGUAUCUGGAAACUUACCUGAUGGCUUCACUCUGCACUUCAGAGGAUUAUUCCCCACAAGCUCCUCGUCUUCUGAAUACUCCAUAGGGCUGUCUUGGCUGGUGGCAGUGAGGCCUAGUUAACCAACACCUAGCACAGGGUGUGCUUCAUGCCAACACCAUUCCCACACGCAAAGCUGCAGCACUGACACAAACCCUCCUCCACCACAGGACGAACAGAACUGAACUGCACUUAUUUUUCCUUAAGCAGUAACCUGGUGCUUUUCUGUUGCCAGUACCCUGUAGGGGUGACACAGCUUGAGCAGGGAGCCAACAGACCCAACUGUCAGCUGACCCCUAACCACUACUGUGAACUUGGCCACCCAGAGAACAGCUUCUAGCUAACUGUGCCAGGGAAGCUUGGAUGGGAGGAGAAGAAGGAAGAGCUAUUUAUGUAAAUGAUAUAUGCUAUCAGUCCACAUCCCAGCAUUGCAUAUGGACAAUCUAAAACCUGGAUUAUUUUUCAAGGGGCUGCAUAGUUCACAGCACUGGCCAGCUCACAAGCACAGUGCUUUGGAUUUUGGUGGCAAGUGGUGAUUCCAAGUUUAUGAGCCUCUAUCUUCUUGUCAUUUAAAUCUUUUUCAAGCUGGUUAACUGUGGUAUUUAAGGAUGUAUUGUAUAAGUCUGUCUGGGCCUUUUCACUUGACCCAACACUUCAAAAAAACCCCCAAAAAUCCAAAAGAAAGGCAAGCUGUAUAUAAGCCAAAAGCUGACAUUAUUAAAAUUAAAGUUUCUUACCCCUGUUUAAUGGCAUUACCCUAUCAGCAGUGUGCUGCAGGUUAAGAUACAGCAUGUCUUAGCAACAGCAUAAGGCAGGAAUCUGGAAUUGCUUCCCCCUCAUAACAGGAUAGGCAAAGUUCUCUCCAAAAGCAUUUGGCAGUACAGUAAGCACUUAGGUAACACCAAGAAGAAGAUGCUCUGCUGUUAUUCAUUGUAUUGGAUUAAUUUUUAACUCCUGUAUAUGCAUUGAAAAUUUCCAAUAAACCCAAACCUGA